AUGCCGGCCAUCCUGGUCGCCUCCAAAAUGAAGUCGGGACUGCCCAAACCCGUGCACAGCGCCGCGCCCAUCCUGCACGUGCCCCCGGCCCGGGCCGGCCCCCAGCCCUGCUACCUCAAGUUGGGAAGCAAGGUGGAGGUGAGCAAGACCGCCUUCCCUAGCCAGAUCCCACUGAAAUCGCAGGGGCUGCAGGAGCCGGCGGGGGAGGGGCUCCCGCUGCGGAAGAGCGGCUCGCUGGAAAACGGGUUCGAUACCCAGAUCUACACGGACUGGGCCAAUCAUUAUCUAGCCAAAUCAGGCCACAAACGUCUCAUCAAGGAUCUCCAGCAAGAUGUGACAGACGGUGUUCUUCUGGCUCAGAUCAUCCAGGUUGUGGCAAAUGAAAAGAUUGAAGACAUCAAUGGCUGUCCGAAGAACAGAUCGCAAAUGAUUGAAAACAUAGAUGCCUGCUUGAACUUUCUGGCAGCUAAGGGAAUAAACAUUCAGGGACUGUCUGCAGAAGAAAUCAGGAAUGGAAACCUCAAGGCCAUUCUAGGCCUCUUCUUCAGCCUCUCCCGGUACAAGCAGCAGCAGCAGCAGCCCCCGAAGCAGCACCUCUCCUCGCCGCUGCCGCCUGCCGUGUCCCAGGCGGCCGGGGCCCCCUUCCAGUGCCAGGCUGGCACUCCUCAGCAACAGGUGCCAGCCACUCCCCAAGCCCCGUGCCAGCCUCACCAGCCAGCACCGCAUCAGCAAUCAAAAGCACAAGCCGAAAUGCAGUCCAGUGCAUCAUCCAAGGACUCAUCUCAAAGCAAAAUCAUCCGCUUCACUCUGGGUCAGAGAAAGAUCUCUAGACUCCCAGGUCCUACUGCUCGGGUAUCCGCUGCAGGCAGCGAUGCCAAAGCUCGAGGAGGAUCGGCAGCUGCUAACAACCGACGCAGCCAGAGCUUUAACAACUAUGACAAGUCCAAACCAGUCACCUCCCCGCCCCCGCCCCCGCCACCAAGCAGCCAUGAGAAAGAGCCAUUGGCAAGCCCGGCCUCCUCCCACCCCGGUAUGAGCGAAAAUGCACCUGCUUCUGUGGAGAGUGGCGGCAGCUCCGCCCUUGCUAACUGCAGUGUCUCCUCGGCCAUCCCCCAGCCCGCCGCUGCCACCAAGCCCUGGCGCAGCAAGUCCAUCAGCGUGAAGCACAGCGCCACAUCCUCCAUGCUCUCGGUCAAGCAGCCAGUGUCCGAGGCCCCCAGGCCCAGCCCCGAAGCCUUGAAGCCAACGCCCAACAAUCAGAAGUCCAUGCUGGAAAAACUAAAACUUUUCAACAGCAAAGCGGGUUCCAAGGCCGGUGAGGGCCCGGGGUCGCGGGACACGAGCUGUGAGCGGCUGGAGAUUCUGUCCAGCGUUGAAGAGGGAGAAGAGAUGGAGACCACCGGUCGCAUGCCCUCCAUGGCGGGCCCCGCUUCCAGCAGCCCCAAGAUCGCACUCAAGGGCAUCGCCCAGAGAACCUUCAGCAGGGCGCUGACCACCAAGAAGAGUUCCCCUAAAGGCAACGAGAAGGAAAAGGAGAAACAACAGCGGGAAAAGGAAAAAGAGAAAAGCAAGGACCUCGCCAAGAGAGCGUCCGUGACAGAGAGGCCAGACCUCAAAGAGGGGCCCAAAGAAGACCCCAGCGGGGCAGCGGUGACCGAGAUGCCAAAAAAGUCCUCCAAGAUCGCCAGCUUCAUCCCCAAAGGAGGCAAGCUCAGCAGUGCCAAGAAGGAGGCGCCAGCCCCUUCCCUCAGUGGAAUACCAAAACCAGGGAUGAAGAGCAUGCCCGGGAAAUCCCCAAGUGCCCCUGCCCCUUCCAAGGAAGGGGAGCGGAGCCGGGGUGGGAAGCCGAGCUCGGGGCUCCCCCAGCAGAAGCCCCAGCUGGACGGCAGACACUCCAGUUCCUCCUCCAGCCUGGCGUCCUCGGAAGGAAAAGGCCCAGGUGGGACCACCCUGAACCACAGCAUCAGCAGCCAGACGGUCAGUGGGUCUGUCGGGACCACCCAGACCACAGGAAGCAAUACCGUCAGUGUUCAGCUACCUCAGCCCCAGCAGCAAUACAACCACCCCAACACUGCCACGGUCGCGCCUUUCCUGUACAGGUCCCAGACAGACACCGAAGGGAAUGUUACUGCCGAGUCCAGCUCCGCGGGCGUGAGCAUGGAGCCCAGCCACUACUCCAAGAGUGGACAGCCUGCUCUGGAAGAGCUCACUGGUGAAGACCCUGAGGCUCGGCGACUGCGGACGGUGAAGAACAUUGCUGAUCUGCGGCAGAAUUUGGAGGAGACCAUGUCCAGUUUACGGGGAACUCAGGUUACACACAGCACACUAGAAACCACAUUUGACACCAAUGUCACCACGGAGAUCAGCGGACGCAGUAUCCUCAGCUUGACGGGCAGGCCCACACCUCUUUCCUGGAGACUCGGCCAGUCCAGCCCCCGGCUCCAAGCAGGGGACGCCCCCUCUAUGGGCAACGGGUACCCGCCGCGAGCCAACGCCAGCCGGUUCAUCAACACCGAGUCGGGCCGCUACGUGUACUCUGCCCCGCUGAGGAGGCAGCUGGCCUCCAGGGGCAGCAGUGUCUGCCACGUGGACGUGUCAGACAAGGCAGGAGAUGAGAUGGACUUGGAAGGCAUCAGCAUGGAUGCGCCCGGCUACAUGAGCGAUGGGGAUGUCCUGAGCAAGAACAUUCGGGCGGACGACAUCACAAGCGGGUACAUGACCGAUGGCGGACUUGGCCUCUACACCCGUCGCCUGAACCGGCUCCCCGAUGGGAUGGCUGUCGUGCGGGAGACCCUGCAAAGAAACACCUCCCUGGGCCUCGGAGAUGCUGACAGCUGGGAUGACAGCAGCUCCGUCAGCAGCGGGAUCAGCGACACCAUAGACAACCUCAGCACUGAUGACAUCAACACCAGCUCCUCUAUCAGUUCCUAUGCCAACACACCUGCCUCCUCUCGCAAAAACCUGGAUGUACAGACGGAUGCGGAGAAGCACUCCCAGGUGGAGAGGAAUUCCCUCUGGUCGGGCGAUGAUGUCAAGAAGUCCGACGGAGGGUCAGACAGCGGCAUAAAGAUGGAGCCGGGGUCGAAGUGGAGGCGGAAUCCCUCGGACGUGUCUGAUGAGUCCGACAAAAGCACAUCGGGCAAGAAGAACCCCGUCAUCUCCCAGACAGGCUCAUGGCGACGAGGCAUGACCGCUCAGGUGGGCAUUACUGUGCCGAGGACGAAGCCGGCUGCCCCGGCGGGCACACUGAAGGCCCCAGGAACAGGGAAAACCGACGACGCAAAGGUGUCCGAGAAAGGGAGACUGUCCCCCAAAGCCUCCCAGGUGAAGCGCUCGCCCUCAGACGCAGGCCGCAGCAGUGGUGACGAGUCCAAAAAGCCCCUCCCCGGCAGCUCCCGGACGCCCACGGCCAAUGCCAACAGCUUCGGGUUCAAGAAGCAGAGUGGCUCGGCGGCCGGCCUGGCCAUGAUCACAGCCAGUGGGGCCACUGUCACCAGCAGGUCAGCCACACUGGGCAAAAUCCCAAAGUCGUCUGCGCUCGUCGGUCGCUCCACUGGUCGGAAGACGAGCAUGGACGGGGCUCAGAAUCAGGACGAUGGGUACCUGUCUCUCAGCUCCCGGACCAACCUGCAGUACCGGAGUUUGCCACGGCCCAGUAAGUCCACCAGCCGCAAUGGGGCUGGGAACAGAUCUAGUACUAGCAGCAUAGAUUCCAACAUCAGCAGCAAGUCAGCAGGCCUACCGGUGCCCAAGCUGAGGGAGCCUUCCAAAACGGCCCUCGGGAGCUCUCUGCCAGGCCUGGUCAACCAGACAGAUAAGGAGAAAGGCAUCUCGUCGGACAACGAGAGCGUGGCUUCCUGUAACUCCGUGAAGGUGAACCCGGCAGCCCAGCCUGUGUCCAGUGCGGCUCAGGCCUCUCUCCAGCCAGGGGCCAAGUACCCCGAUGUGGCCUCCCCCACGCUCCGCAGACUCUUUGGUGGGAAGCCUAGCAAGCAAGUGCCCAUCGCCACAGCUGAAAACAUGAAAAAUUCGGUGGUCAUCUCCAAUCCUCAUGCCACCUUGACCCAGCCAGGUAACUUAGAGUCCCCCUCAGGCAGCGGCGUCCUGAGCAGCGGGAGCAGCAGUCCUCUCUACAGUAAGAAUGUGGAUAUCAACCAGUCUCCUCUAGCCUCCAGCCCCAGCUCAGCGCACUCGGGCCCCUCCAACAGCCUCACCUGGGGCACCAAUGCCAGCAGCUCCUCAGCAGUUAGCAAGGACGGCCUGGGCUUCCAGUCCGUCAGCAGCCUCCACACCAGUUGCGAGUCCAUUGACAUCUCCCUCAGCAGUGGAGGGGGCCUGAGUCACAAUUCCUCCACGGGCCUCAUCGCCUCCUCUAAGGACGACUCCCUGACUCCCUUUGUGAGAACCAACAGUGUGAAGACCACACUGUCAGAAAGCCCUCUCUCUUCCCCUGCCGCUAGCCCUAAGUUCUGCAGAAGUACUUUGCCCAGGAAACAGGACAGUGACCCGCACCUUGAUAGGAACACUUUGCCUAAGAAAGGACUCAGGUAUACUCCCACCUCCCAGCUUCGCACACAAGAAGACGCAAAAGAAUGGUUGCGGUCCCACUCUGCAGGAGGCCUGCAGGACACCGCCACCAGUUCUCCCUUUUCCUCUGGCUCCAGCGUAACUUCUCCCUCCGGAACAAGGUUCAACUUUUCUCAGCUUGCGAGCCCCACCACUGUCACCCAGAUGAGCCUGUCCAACCCGACCAUGCUGAGGACCCACAGCCUCUCCAAUGCCGAUGGGCAGUAUGACCCGUACAGCGACAGCCGCUUCCGGAACAGCUCCAUGUCCCUGGAUGAGAAGAGCAGGACCAUGAGCCGCUCGGGCUCAUUCCGGGAUGGGUUUGAAGAAGUUCAUGGAUCCUCGCUCUCCUUGGUUUCCAGCACAUCGUCAAUUUAUUCAACACCAGAAGAAAAAUGCCAGUCGGAGAUUCGCAAACUGCGGCGGGAGCUGGAUGCCUCCCAGGAAAAGGUUUCUGCUUUGACCACCCAGCUGACAGCAAACGCUCACCUCGUGGCAGCCUUUGAACAGAGUCUUGGAAACAUGACAAUCAGGCUUCAGAGUUUGACCAUGACGGCUGAGCAGAAGGAUUCAGAGUUGAAUGAGUUAAGAAAAACCAUUGAGUUGCUCAAGAAACAGAACGCAGCUGCCCAGGCUGCCAUUAACGGAGUAAUUAACACACCCGAGCUCAACUGCAAAGGAAACGGUACCUCCCAGUCUGCAGACCUCCGCAUCCGCAGACAGCACUCCUCUGACAGCGUCUCCAGCAUCAACAGCGCCACCAGCCACUCCAGCGUGGGCAGCAACAUAGAAAGUGAUUCAAAGAAAAAGAAGAGAAAGAAUUGGUUACGCAGCUCCUUCAAGCAAGCUUUCGGGAAGAAGAAGUCCCCCAAGUCAGCAUCCUCUCAUUCAGACAUUGAGGAGAUGACGGAUUCUUCUUUGCCUUCCUCGCCAAAGUUACCACACAAUGGUUCCACGGGUUCCACUCCGCUGCUGAGGAACUCUCAUUCCAACUCUCUAAUUUCAGAGUGCAUGGAUAGUGAGGCCGACACGGUCAUGCAGCUCCGAAAUGAGCUGAGAGACAAGGAGAUGAAGCUGACAGACAUCCGCCUAGAAGCCCUCAGCUCCGCACACCAGCUCGACCAACUCCGGGAGGCCAUGAACCGGAUGCAGAGUGAAAUAGAGAAGCUGAAAGCUGAGAACGACCGGCUAAAGUCAGAGUCUCAAGGCAGCGGCUGCAGCCGGGCGCCCUCCCAGGUGUCCCUCUCUGCCUCCCCGCGGCAGUCCAUGGGCCUCUCCCAGCACAGCCUGAACCUCACUGAGUCAACCAGCCUGGACAUGUUGCUGGAUGACACUGGUGAAUGCUCGGCUCGGAAGGAAGGAGGCAGGCAUGUUAAGAUAGUUGUCAGCUUUCAGGAGGAAAUGAAGUGGAAGGAGGAUUCCAGACCACACCUCUUUCUUAUUGGCUGCAUUGGAGUUAGUGGCAAGACGAAGUGGGAUGUGCUCGAUGGGGUGGUUAGACGGCUGUUCAAAGAAUACAUCAUUCAUGUCGACCCCGUGAGUCAGCUGGGGCUCAAUUCAGACAGUGUUCUCGGCUACAGCAUCGGGGAAGUCAAGCGCAGCAACACUUCCGAGACCCCCGAGCUUCUGCCCUGUGGCUACCUGGUGGGAGAGAACACUACCAUCUCUGUGACUGUCAAAGGGCUCGCAGAAAACAGCCUGGACUCGCUGGUGUUCGAGUCUCUGAUCCCCAAGCCCAUCCUGCAGCGCUACGUCUCCCUGCUGGUAGAACACCGGCGGAUCAUUCUCUCUGGCCCCAGCGGCACGGGGAAAACCUACCUGGCCAACCGGCUGUCAGAGUACCUGGUGCUUCGGGAGGGACGGGAGCUGACAGACGGGGUCAUCGCCACCUUCAACGUGGACCACAAGUCCAGCAAGGAGUUGCGCCAGUACCUGUCCAACCUUGCCGACCAGUGCGCCAGUGAGAACAAUGCUGCGGACAUGCCUCUUGUCAUCAUCCUGGACAACCUGCAUCAUGUCAGCUCUCUGGGCGAGAUCUUUAAUGGGCUGCUCAACUGCAAGGACCAUAAAUGCCCUUACAUAAUCGGCACAAUGAACCAGGCUACCUCUUCGACUCCCAACCUGCAGCUCCAUCACAACUUCAGGUGGGUGCUCUGUGCCAACCACACGGAGCCCGUGAAGGGUUUCCUUGGCCGGUUCCUGAGGCGGAAGCUCAUGGAGACGGAGAUCAGUGGGCGGGUGCGGAAUGUGGAGCUGGUAAAAAUCAUCGACUGGAUUCCCAAGGUCUGGCAUCACCUCAACCGCUUCCUGGAGGCUCACAGCUCCUCAGAUGUCACCAUAGGCCCCCGGCUCUUCCUGUCCUGCCCCAUCGACGUGGAUGGCUCCAGGGUGUGGUUCACCGACUUAUGGAACUACUCAAUCAUCCCCUAUCUCCUGGAAGCCGUCAGAGAAGGGCUCCAGCUCUACGGAAGGCGGGCGCCCUGGGAGGACCCUGCCAAGUGGGUGAUGGACACCUAUCCCUGGGCGGCCAGCCCGCAGCAGCAUGAGUGGCCUCCCCUGCUGCAGCUGCGACCUGAGGAUGUCGGCUUUGACGGCUACUCCAUGCCUCGGGAGGGCUCCACGAGCAAGCAGAUGCCCCCCAGUGAUGCCGAAGGAGACCCGCUGAUGAACAUGCUGAUGAGGCUGCAGGAGGCAGCCAACUACUCCAGCCCGCAGAGCUAUGACAGCGACUCCAACAGCAACAGCCAUCACGACGACAUCCUGGACUCGUCCCUGGAGUCUACUCUGUGACGGGGGCCUGGCCACGGAGCCUGCCCUCCUGCUCCCCUCCUCCGCCUCCCCCCGUCCUCACCCCGCUCCACCUCCAUCCCCCUAAAGAUGCCCUCCUGAGCCAGCCCCAGCCGCAGCAUGAGCGCUGCAGGAACACCAAGACCCCUCAUCCUCCAGCCUCGACCUGGGUGCGGGCAUCCCGGGCCAGCCGCCUUGGGACUGCUUCCUUCCACAGUGAGAACUGCACUAUCUUCGGUUUUAUUUUAAUUAUUGUUUUUGCCUUGUUGCUGUGACCUCCCUAAGACACUGAAGAUACUUCUCGGGAAAGGAUCAUCACCGUUGAAAUGCAAAGGGUUAAUAAUGAAAACCCCAUUCAAAGCUCUGAACCCAAACAGCAUCCUGCCACGAGCUGCCCAGAGACAGACAAGCAAAGUUGGAAACAGAGAGCACAGACCCAGCAGACCGGGUCUGGCCACCAGCUGCGCCACAUCCCCUCCAGCCUGCCCUUCCACCCAGCCCGCCACGGAGAACUGGUGCUAACUAGGCACUUGCUUUGGUCAUGCAACAAACAACGGAGCUACAGCACAGGGAAACCUUAGGAAAAAACAACUCGUGCUUUCUGUAUUGUUUUGUUCUCUAAAUGGUGCUCUCCUUGCCCGAGAGGUAUUUGUGCCUGUUUCAGUCCAGCCACACCUUUCAGACCCGCCAGCCUCCACUGAGCCCCUGAGCGCGAGUGCGGAAGUGAGAGUGUGCCCGAGCGGAUGUGCUACAGUGCAGACAGCAUGUGUCUGUCUCCU